CGUAAUUAUGUGACACUAGAGAGCAUACGUACAUUUUGCAAUCGAUGGUCACUGCUCUGUGCAAGUAAAUCUCAAGGUCGAACGGUUUCGAAUCGUAUGGUAAGUCUACAUUUUUUUCUGCACACGAUUUCGAAACUACGUACGAGUACGAAAUACGUACGGUAGUCAUAUCGUACCGCAAAGAUAGUACGUUCUCGUACAGUCGUACGGAGCCAUAGUACAUUGUUUAGGCUAGUAGGUAUCAGGUACGAUAAUCCUACGAGUACCGUACUCGCACAACAACUUUGGACGACCAACAUUCUCGCUAGGUUGUGUGUGACACAAUUUUCACGACAAAAGACCUUCGACAGAUAUCUUAUAGUCCAAUAAGCUGCAAUUGCAUCCUUUUGAAAACAAUUAUUUAACCAUGGCCCUAAGACUUGCUGCCUCCCGAUUUGCAAAAAACGGUGUUCAUUUCGCAACUAGUGCUCGAUCCUUGUCAACUGGAGCUGAUCAUAUGCGAAGCAAAGAGAACUAUGAAGCUGUUCUUGAUAAAUUUGCCGAAAUUAGAGCGUGCGCCGUUUUACGAACCCCUACCAGCGAAAGUUGCCCUAAGGCGAUGCAGGCUGCCAUCGAUGGUGGCUUCAAAAUAGUCGAGUUCACACUAACGACUCCUGAUUGCCUCCAGCAUCUUUCAGACUUCCGUGCCAAGUACGACGGCGAUGUCAUGGUCGGUUGUGGAACCAUUUUGACACCCGAAGAUGCUGCUGACGCCAUGGCGGCGGGAAGCGAGUUUAUUAUCACGCCUGUCAUGCUUCCUGAUGUCAUUGAAUGGUGCAGAGAUCGAAACAUUGUAUGCGUGCCUGGAUGUCAGACUCCUACCGAAAUGGUCAAUGCCUACCGCCAUGGUGCACCGCUCCAGAAACUCUUUCCUGGUGUGGCUGGUGGACCUGGUUGGGUCAAGGCUGUGAGCUCUGCACUGCCAUUCCUCAGUAUUAAUCCAACUUCAGGAGUUGAUUUGGACAAUGCUGGAGAUUAUCUGAAGAUGGGAGCUGCAUCUGUCGGCCUCGUUGCACCUUUGUUCGAUCAAGAGGCAAUUGCUGCUGGUGACUUUGAUCAAAUUGCUCAAAACGCAGAGAAGGUCAUGGCCAAUGUUCGCGAGGCUGGCCCAUACCAACGCAAAUAACUCAGCAAGUUAAUAAGGAAAAAUCGCCACUGUACAAUACAUCAAAGAAUCGAACAUUACAGUUCAUAUUCCUUCGCAAUUUUUGUCGUCAAAGAAUAAUUCCUUGUGCGACGCAUAACUGUUGUUCGUAGAUUCCAUUCAGCGAACUAAUCCCCCUUUCUUAUGAAUAGGGCACAAACAUGAUUCUAUUCUUUAAUGAUACUCCAAACUAACCUGUGUAUGAGCAGUGCAAAAGUUCGUAUGGAUCUGACAGUAUUCGUCACAAAUACUGCAAUGCAUAAUAACAGAAUUGCAGAUGU